UUUUCUACUUCUUCAAUUCACCCCCAAAUUAUAAACACUCUCCGCCUUUGUUGUCGAUUACCCCCAAAUUUUCAAUCCAAAUUCAUCAGUUGAGUAAACAUGCCGGAAGCACGUGAUCGACUUGUUAGGCCAAACGAUGUUGCUGAAACGUAUCGUGCUCGUUUAACAUCUGUUGGUAGAACACGAAUUAGGCCAGAUGAAAUUGGUGAUGAAAAUCGGGCACCGUUCAGAUGGGGUUCGACAUCGUUGACUGGAGGUGGCUUAGGUCAACACAAUGGAGGUGUGGCACAUUUAACUAGAGGAAGGGGUAUAUUUGGAAGUCCAGUGGUGAAUAGGCAUAACGGUGGCCAGAGACAGAACACACCACCAUCUCGUAACGUUUCACGGCGUGGAAGAGGUGCAAAUUCAUGGGCAAAUGGUGUAUUACCUUCUUGGUAUCCACGUAGGCCACUUGCCGAUAUCACUCAUAUCGAUAGGGCAAUUCAGAAAAGAAGAGAGCGAUUGGGAAAUGGUAAUGGUCAAGUUUUGGAGACCCCGGCCCCAACAAGGAUCUAUCGACAACAGCCUGCUGAUCAAGAUCCUUCUCCAUCAGGCGCUCGCCUUGAGCAAGAGCUUUUUCUAGUAACUCCGAAGCCAAACAUAGCAUCUAAAACAUUUAAGUCGUCGAAUUUGGGAAAGGUUCCGAUGAUUUUUGCUGAUUUUGCUAAUCAAGGUGGAGGUGAAUCAGAGUUUUUGACACCUGCGAAGAGGCUGCUGAACUCGAUCGACAUUGUUGAGAAAGUGGUGAUGGAGGAAUUGGCUAGAUCGAAGAGAACCCCGGCUGCCAAAAAGGCUGAAAGAGAGAAAAAGGUCAGAAUUCUGAUGUCAAUGCGGUGAUCUGAAAUGAAUGUGGUAAGCUGAUCAACUCUUUCUUAGAAUUGAUGUACAGUUGAAGGCUCUCAACUCUUGUUGAUCACAGGAUUGAUGAACGAGCAAGGUUGGUUUGGUUGAUGGAUCAUCAACUGAUGAUUGGGUUUCCAGUGUUAUAGUACUUGUUUACCUUUUCUUCUUGAAACAUUAGCCUAUAUUCAGUGUAGAAUGAUAUGACCCAGCUGUUAGGAGAUAAAUCUUGUAUCCAUAGUUGAUUUUGUUAUACAUUAGUUGAAACUGUAAACCCGAGUAAUAGCAUUUCUGGGACAAGUAGCUGAUGGUUUUUUGUACCCAUGACUCCAUGAGUCAUUCGCUUAAAAUACUCAUUUGUUGUUGAGAUUGGAUAUAAGUAAUAAAGCAUUUAUUAUUGC